GCGGGGAGCGGCGCGGGGGGACCCGCGACCCUGCCCCGCCAUCUGUCCGUGCCCUCCUGCUGCCGCUCCAUCUCCAUCCUGAGCGGGAUGCUCGUCCCUCCCGCCCCUUCUCCCGCUCCUCCAUCUCCAUCCUGCCCCUUCUGCCUCUCCGUCUGUGUCCUGCUCUUCCCCUGCCUCUCCAUCUCCAUCCUGAGCGGGAUGCUCGUCCCCCCUGCUCUCCCUCUGCCCCUCCGACCUCCAUCCAGCCCCUUCUCCUGCCCCUUCAUCCCUCCGUCCUGCCCUUCCCUGCCUCUCCAUCUUCACCCUGCCCUUCCCGUGCUCCCCAUCCCAGCCCUGCUCCCUCACCCCUGCCCUGCCCUCCAUCCUGACCCCCAGGUCCCCACCAGUGUCACUCCCAGUGCUGGGGGCCCGAGUGGGAGGGUGCUGGGGAGGCUCUGGGGGUGCAGAGCCCCCCGGCAGGAUCAGGCCCGGGUGGUCCCUGCCCACGAGGAAAGGGGGGGCCGUGCUCCAGACCCUCGGGCACCAGGGACUGUUGGGAUCAGGGUUCUGCUGGGCACAGGCCGUGGGGUCACCCCAAAGAGUCCCCCCGGUUCCGUGAGGGUCUGUCCAGCCCAGCCCCUCAGCUGAGCGCCCCAUGGCAGGGCUGGGAGCUCGGGGGCACUUCCAGCUGAGCCGUGGACAGGUGGAAUGUACAGGUGGAACAAGUGGGAUGGGACAGGUGGGACAGACAGGUGAGACAGGUGGGAUGGGACCGGUGGGAGAGGGUGGGACCAUUGCCAGCCCUGGCCAAGGUUGGACGUUCCCACACGCCAGCUCAGCCCCGGCCCCCGCUGCAGCCCCAGCCCCCGGGUGCUGGUGACGCUCCCAGCGUGGUGGGAUCCAAGGAGCCCACGGUGGGAUGAGCUCCUUGGCUGCCCAAGCCCGCGGGGAUGGGCUCCUCCAGCUCCCAGCCUCGCCUGGCUCUGGUGUCUGGGGACAUGCCGGGGGUUUGGGGCUGCUUUGCGGGGUCCAGACCCCCCAGUGCCCUGGAACAGGGAUGGGGUGUCCAUGGGAAGGGGCUCCUUCCCCUGGAGAUGCUCAGGGAUGCAGGAGGUGCCGUGCCCAGGACAGCCACCAGAACGGGGCUGUCUGGGGUGCUUUGCUGUCCCCCUUCCCUGAACUGGGGUGGCAGGAGUGGAGCUGAUUGGGGACAGUCCUUAGGCAGUGCUCAGGCCCCCUUCCCUCUUCUCCUUCCCACUCAUCCUGUGACUGGGCACCUUUGGAAACCCUGUCCCGUGGUGGGUUUAAUGUCCCCAUGGAUCUUUGAGGGUCCCACAUGCCUUGGGGACCCUCAUGGGACAGAGCUGGUGCUGCCACCCCUGUGCUGCACUGGGGGAACCGGAGCAGGGCCCAGCUGGGGGCUCAGCACCGGCCACUCUCUGUGCCACCUCAUUUCACACCCCCGUGCUGCAUCACUGGGGGGCACUGGGGACCUUGCCCAGGUCCAGGUGUCCCCUGUGGGUGGCCCCUGAGGUUUGGCAGCGUGAGGGUGACGGGGGGGGGUCUCUGACCCACUGCCCACCACCCACAGCCGCACCACGCUCCUUUCCUCCACUUCCCAAUGCAUCCCUGGGGUGGGAGCAGAGCAGAGGGAUGGCACGGCGUGGGACAGGGAGUGACAGGGGUGACAGGGGUGACAGGACACCAGCAGCACAACCUGUGUGUGAAAGGGCACCUCUGUACCUGGCCACAGAGCCCAGCUGGGCGCUCCAGGUGCCACCAUGACCUCGCCGGACCGGUUGCUGCCCUGCAGAGCUGCUCCCUCUGCCCGGGCGGGCUGGGAGGGGGGGUCCCUGCCCAGCGAGCCCCCCCGGCUGCCUCGGCAGCAGCUGCGGUGCCGGUGGCCGCGCUCGGCCAUAUGGCCACGGCGGGCGGCCGGUAAAAAUAGCCAAGGCGGCCGCACCCCGCGCCGGCCGGCAAGGGCGACCCAAGGGCAGCGAGCCCGGCUCCCGGCCGGGGCUGCAUCUCAGGGGGGCCACGCCUGGAGCAGGGGGGGUGACGCCUCCCUGUGCCCCCGCAGCGACCGCGGGGCCAAGAUGCCGGAGCAGAGCAACGACUACCGCGUGGUGGUGUUCGGCGCCGGCGGCGUGGGCAAGAGCUCGCUGGUGCUGCGCUUCGUCAAGGGGACCUUCCGCGACACCUACAUCCCCACCAUCGAGGACACCUACCGGCAGGUGAUCAGCUGCGACAAGAGCGUGUGCACCCUGCAGAUCACCGACACCACCGGCAGCCACCAGUUCCCGGCCAUGCAGCGCCUGUCCAUCUCCAAGGGCCAUGCCUUCAUCCUGGUCUUCUCGGUCACCAGCAAGCAGUCGCUGGAGGAGCUGAAGCCCAUCUACCAGCAGAUCGUGCAGAUCAAGGGCAGCGUGGAGAGCAUCCCCAUCAUGCUGGUGGGCAACAAGUGCGACGAGACGCAGCGCGAGGUGGAGAGCAGGGAGGGGGAGGCCAUGGCCAAGGAGUGGAAAUGCGCCUUCAUGGAGACCUCGGCCAAGAUGAACUACAACGUCAAGGAGCUCUUCCAGGAGCUGCUGAACCUGGAGAAGAGGAGGAACGUCAGCCUCACCAUUGAUGGGAAGCGCUCCAGCAAGCAGAAGAGGACAGACAAAAUCAAGGGGAAGUGCAGCAUCAUGUAGAGCCCCGGACUGGCCCGCGCCCCCCCACUCCGGAUACCCCCCCUCCCUCCUCCCCCCCACGGCUGGACGUGGCAGUGGCAUCGCAGCGGGACUGUCCCCUCGUCCUCCGUGUGCCAUCACUGUGACUGUGCGGAGCCGCCAGUGCUCGGCCCGGGGGUGAAGACGGGGCCGAGGUGAGGGACACGCGGCCACCACCCCCCCCGGGCACGGCAGGACCGGGACUCGCCGCCGGGACACCCGGACCACAUCCCCCGCACUCAGCACAACCGGUGCCACCGCGCCCGGCCCCCGUCGGUCCUCGCGGGAGGGAAGGACGGUGCCACGUGGGGAUGGCGGUGUCACCCUUGGGGACAGUCACGCGCGUCCCGGGCCCCCCCUGCGCCCCCGUCCCCACGCCAUAGUGCUCUGCUCCUGCGGGCAGAGACCCGGGGCGGGGGCAGCUCCUGCGCGGUGCCCGUGUCCCCCUGACCGGUGUCCCCCCUGCCCCAUCCUGGUGCCAUGACCCCCCACCCCCACCAAAAGCCCCCAGCCCUGUCCUGGUACCACGGCCCCCCCAGCCCCGUCUGCCACCGCAGCCCCACGAGCCCCCAGCCCGGCACCGAGGUCCCCUUGCCCCCCAGGCCCAUCGUGGUGCCCCAUGACCCCUCCCAGCCCCACCCUGGCGCCGCGGGCCCCCCGUGCCCCCCCCAGCCCCGAGCCGGUGCCGCAGCCGGAGCCGCCAGCCCAAGCACAAAGCAUCGGGUCCGCGGGAGGUCCUGACCCAGCACAAUCCUGGUGAGCUCCGGCGGGAGACCCCCGGCCCCACAGCCAGCCGGGCCCCCCGCGCCCCCCGCUGCCC